AUGUCCUACCGCAUUCUGCGCAAGCUGCAGGGCAAUGAGCUGGAGAUAAAGGAACCAAUCGAUGAGGUGUCGGAUGGUGGCGAUGCCGAUUACGACACCAACAGUACCAGCAGCCAGAACCGCAACAACAGCAAGAAGCAACUCAACAUCAAUCGAUAUGAUCUGCUUAAUCAGCAACAGUCGCUAUCCGAGAGCGAGGUGAAGGAGGACGAUAACGAUGAGACGGAAAAGGACGUCGCGGACGGACCGGUCAGUGUGCAUUUGGCCGAGGCAAAGAAGCGCAAGAAAAAGAAGAAGAAGAAGACAGGUAAAUACAUGUCCAGUUCGGCGCGACGCAGCAGCGAGGACAAUGCCGACAUCGAAGACGAUUUUACGCGCACGGUAAAGGAGGUGGACAAACUGUUUGGUAAUUUCCCGCGCGACUCCUCGGACCACCACCAUCAUCAUCACCACCAUCACCAUCACCAUGCGGAAGGGGGUGAUAGUAAGGCGGCGGGUUCGGUCGUAACCGGUGGUCUUACCGGCAAAUCGUUGCUGAAUGUGCAGCAUAAAAAUCUGAACCCACAGUACGAGAUGAAGCGCAUGUUCGGCAGCAAGGUCGUCGGUGAUCAACAGAACAAACGACGCAAUGCCCGUGGUGCGUCGAGGCUGCAAAAGUCCACCUAUUUGGUGAACCCGAAAGACUCCUGGCCACCGGUCGGCAAGUCUGGCAUCUACAUGAAUUUGGUGCAGGCACCGGAACCGAGCACCUCUACUUCCGCGAGCGGUCCGAAGGCAGUCUUCGACAAGAACGUGAUCUACUUCGCGUUCGAGCACAGCCCUUCGUACCGGUUGGUACAGCAAAAGUUUCUCGAUGCCGUCGAGAGCAUGGACUCGGAGAAUAUUAUUCACAUCAUCAACCAGUACCCGUACCACGUCGAUUCGCUGAUCCAGCUGAGCGAGCUGUGUAAAAUGAGCGACGAUCACGCGAUGGCUUCGGAGCUGAUCGAACGUGCAUUGCUCGCACUUGAGUCGUCGUUUCACACGAUGUUUAGCCUCACGCAGGGCAACUGUCGGUUGGAUUACCGGAGACAGGAAAAUCGGGCACUCUUCAUCACACUCUUCAAGCACUCGCAGCAUCUAGAGUCACGGGCCUGUUCGCGAACCGCGCUAGAGGUAGCAAAAUUGAUACUGUCGUUCGAUCCGGUUAACGAUCCACUCGCCAUGAUCCUGAUUGUCGAUUACUAUGCAAUACGGGCAAAGCAGUACGAGUGGCUGGUGACCCUGUACGAGGAAUGGGACGCCACGAACAAUCUGUCCCAGCUGCCCAACAUGGCUUACUCGUACGCGAUGGCACUCUUCCAUCUGAAGCGCCCCGAAGCGGCCGACAAAGCGUUGCAGUACGCGCUGCUAAUGUUUCCUGGCGUACUGCGUCCGCUGAUGGAUGAGCUGUCGAUACAGGCGGACAGUCGAGUCGCGGGUCACAACUAUUUCGGACCGGGCUCGUACAAUAAGGCGCUGGUAGCACUUCAGCAGCUGAUGUCACUGUACGUUUGCCGUUCGAAGCUGGUCUGGCGCGAUGCGGAACUUUUGCCCUGGUUGGAACGCAAUGUGAAUACGGUAUUGGAUCGGGUGGAUGCCAAAGAGGACGUUAUUGCUGAGUAUGCUACCAAACGGAGUCAAAGGUACGCGAAUCCACCACGGCAAGUGCUCCGUCAUAUUGUGCUGUCGGAUUUUAAGGAAAAGGUUCCGCUAGCUCAAUUCAUCAAGAAGGAAACGGAUCCCAUGUUGAUGUACGACCCGCUGCCGCCACUGGAUUCCAUCAACAUCUACUCCAGACCCACUCUGACGUCGAGCAACAAUCGGGUUUCGAACGAUCCGUUGCAUCUCUUCUUUCAAUCGCUGCUUCCUAACUUCAACGCUCAAGCACAGCCUGCCCCACCGGCUGCCGCUCAACAGCCGCAACAGGCUAAUAAUGUUGCAGCAGGUGCCGCUGCGGGAGCUGGUGUUGCUGCGGCUGGGGCCGCUGCUGGUGCAGCUGGUGGCGGUGCCGCUGGUGGUACUGUUGCCCCGGACUGGGACCUCGGAAGCAUGGCAGCAUACAGCAGUACGCUUGUUACGAUCGUGGAAGCAAUGCGUGAGUUCCUGUCCGGUAUCCGUGCGCUCGAAAGACCGAACGAUGCGGACGUGGACGAGGCGGAAAGCAGCGAAGAGGACGAACCGAACGAUUUUCUGGCGUAA